UAUUUAACUACCUUUUAUGGCUAUUUUAAAUAUAUAACAAUUGAUACCUUAAUUUAUGAUGACUUUUCAAACAGUUUGACUAACAUAAUUAAUCAACCGAAAAUAAAUCAGAGGCUGCUCCUAUUCUUCUCGUCUAAAUUACCAUUUUACAAUCAAUCGAGUAGUCAUUAAAAUGUUCAAAGAUCAUUUACCAAUUGACCAGGUGUAUAUAUGUUAAUCUGCCCAAUCGAUUGAUGAUCGGCCAUUUCAACAUCUCAAUCGAUCAGCAGCAGGUCGAACCACUAUUGCACGAUCACAACUUAACGACUUAGCAUAUAAAUCGCAUUAUGGUUUCCUUUGUUGUUGACUGUCCAUCUUGGGAUCAAAAUCUAUAUGCGAGGAAGACAUCUUUUGGCAUAUCGAAUGACAAGACAAACGAUCGACUCGCUUUUAAUGCUUAUUGUCAGGCAUAAAGGGGGGACGAUUAAAAAUCAAUAUAAUACAUCGAUUGCUAUUAUGAGGGCAGUACAAAGGAAGAAACCAUGCUUAUAGAAACCAUUAUGCAAAUCAAUAAGUCAAGCCCCAUGUAAAGUUAGCACUCAUAAAGUUGAUUUAUGCAGCCGAGUCACAGCGAAUUUGCAUAAUUAUAAUGGCGUGAACAGCCGAAGAGUCGCCUCAAAGUCUGAGCCCCAAAGUCUGGAAUCUCUUUUUGGUGGUCAAGAAAAACUGGCAAAGAUUGCGAUGGUAUCUUAUCUCCAAGGGGCUUGGACCCCUUGUUUGGCCAGAUUCGCUGGCACCACCUCGUGAUCGAUCCAACUGGAUUGCCAAAUGCAUAAAUCACGUGCCACUGCCUCGGAGACCGAAAAAAACCGAAUUAGAUUUCACACAGAAUAGAGAAUGGAGAUCGGAGAAUGGAGAAUGUCUGCGACUGGGUUUUGGAUGACUAUUUGGUAGAAAUUAUGUAAAUGCAUGAGUUGAGACCCUGAACUUGAAACGAGUCGGCGGAGCAGAAGCUCCGAUCACUUCAGUUUGCUGCUGAGUUAACUGGAGAUCGGUCGGAAAUUUGGACUGGGAGCUGCCCCCGGAGAAACAGUUGUUGGAUACACAUUUAGGAACUAUGUACAGGACGUUUUUCAUGCUGUUAACCCUUGUGGCUGUGGCCAGUGCGGCCGGCUUUAACCGGGACUACCUCCCACGCCCGCCGGCCAGGGGGGCGUAUGUCUACGCCCCGCCCCCGCCCAGCACAAUGGCCCAACUGCGCCGGAUAAUCCAAGGUCACCUGGAGCGAUUCCAGCAGGCGGAUCAGGCCCACUUUUCGCGGAGGGCGAACGCUCAGCUGGGAAAAUCGGAGGUGCCGGCGGAGAGGAAGCCGCAGGCGAUGCAAUUGUGGGUGGCUCGCACGCCCACCGUUAUUUCCGGCGCGGCCUCGGAAAACACACUGGAGUACGCCCUGGCCCCCAACACGCCCACUCCGAAGGACUACGCGCACAAGUUCCUGCCGGAGGGCAAGGACGUGGUACCCGGAAGUUCUUACAUUCCGCUGCGGUUGCUGGUGAUAAAGCGCUGAGUUCGGAACUCAAUAUUCUGAAAUCCGAAAUCUCGGGCGGCGACUUGGCUGUUGUUGUUCGAAAAACAAGUUCCGGCGGAAUGCCGAUACCAGAUACCCGAUACCCAACCAGUAGUUGGCUAAUUGGCCUUAAGCUUACUGGUUCUUACCGCUAGUUUAGCAAUACUGUACCAUUAGUUGUUUUAUGUUAAGGCCCGUGUUCGCUAAUCUAAAUUAAGUCACCACAUCCCGGAGGUCCGUGACUAAGACUUACGACCUUAUCGCAUCCAAUAAAAUCGAAAUUAAACACAGCCGCAUGCUGUCGUAAUCUAUGAAAUACAUUCACCAAAAACUAAGUUGUCAUCUCAUUUACAUAAAUUAGAAGUCAUAAAUUCGAAGUGAGCGGGGAACUACUUGGCUUUAAGCGGUUAAAAGCUGUCUAUAAAACCGGUUGGCUUUCGAGCGGUAGGGUGCUUAUCUAAAGCUUAAAGCUGUUCAGGUUCAGGUUUA